AUAAAACGACACCUGCACUCUACAACGCAACAAAUCUGUGAUAUACGCUUAUGCAAUGCAACAAGGGGCGUCUUCAUCGAUGAGCAGAAUUGUUGAUGCACUUUAAUCAAAAGAAAACUGGAUCAAUUGUUCUCAAAAGAUAUACAGAAAGAAAUAUAUUAGAUCAAAUAUUGGAAGAACGGAGUACAGAGAAAGGCAGUGAUAACAUAAAAGAGAGAAAGUUCAAUGGAAGAAGGUGAAAGCCAAAAGUUGAGUAGUGUUAUCUUUUUAUGUUUAAGCAUGCUGGGUGCAAUAAUUAACAUCAUUCUCUUGCUAUGCAUACAACGAAAUCCAUUAAAAUGUUUUCGCAACUGCUCAAGUUACCUCGUAGCUCAUCAAGCAAUCAGUGACGUGAUCACGUGUUUAUCCGUUGCCAGUUAUUGCAUUGCAAUGAUCAAUGGUGAUUCAGAGAAGCUCUUCUUCGAUGCCAUCCCAAAAACGUUUGUUGUCCUUUCGUUUACUGCAUUCGUGGCACUUUUCUUAGUGUCUCUUGAUCGUUUUCUUGCAAUUCGUUUCCCAAUAAAGUACAGAAUCCAUGUACGACCAUCAAGACUUCCUCUAGUUCUUCUCCCAAUAUGGCUUUGCACGUUUCUUCUUAUUGUAAUCAUCAUCAAGAUCCCAACGCUACAUCAUUGGAUAAACAAGACAUUGAUGUACAAUGGUGUCAUUACGGUACUUCUUAAACUUUGUCUACACGCUCUCGCUUUUUGGACAAUAAAGCAGAAAGGCUCAGACGUGCUUCGAAGCUCCCGCGAUUCACAAUCGACGAGCAACAAAAACCGAAACGUCACCAAACGGAAACGUCAAAGUCGCUUUCUUUUCACGGUUUUCUUGAUCACAGUCGUCGUGUUAGUGACGUCAGUACCCAUGUUAUCCUUCUACAACUACUAUGGACACAUGAACUUUGUCUGGACAUCAAAAGGAGGAUCUGUCUUCAUACUAUAUUGGCUUGGUAUUAUCUUCAGCCCAGCGAUAUAUUUUAUUCGCCUUAAAAGUUACAAGGAAAGUUUAAAGAAACUCCUGACCUUUUAACAGUGAUAUGGAUGGACUUUGAAAGGUGGAAAGUUAACUUUAAUUUGAACUUGUUGAAAGCACUGUUCGUUGCUAUCUAAACACACAUAUCAUAGCUAAGCCUUUACAAAAGUGCAAAAUGAAUAGUUUGUUGGCAGAA